AGGGCAUUGUCAUUUUAAAAUGAAAGUUAAGCAUUUACUCCAGUAAUCAUAUGAUAGAUCUUUUUUAAGUUUAUUUUGAUAAGUAUUGUUUGUAUAAAACACAUAAAUUAUCUUCAGUUGAAUUUAGUUUGUUGAGAUGUGAAUAUGUUUAUAGUAGCAGUUUAAAGUUAAGAUGGACAAAGUGCUGAGCCAUGUAGUUUGGAGUUCAGAGAAGGCGUCUUUAAAAGAAUUUACUUCCAAGCAUGAACUGCCACAAAUUGUUAAAGUGGAACACCGUGACAAUGAUGCUUUGGACAAAAAGUACUUCUCUGUGGGUCAAACCUUGAAAUUACAUUGUAUUCAAAACAUUAGAAAAAUAGAAUGCCGUGACGACAGAGGAGUUUUGUACUUUAUACCUGUCUGUCUUCAAGAAAAAGUAUUUCAAGAAAAUAAAGGAGACGCAGUGAGCAGUAUUGCAGAGUUGGCGACGUUUCAUCCGGCAGCCCAAUAUGUUCAAGUACUAAACGGGUAUUGCAUUGAUGGAAACGGGAAAGGGAUAAUUAUUGACAUAGAACAGGGCGAACUAUUAGAGAUUGUAAAUGAUAUUUACGAAAAGAUAUCCGAUGAAACAUUCUUAACCUUUCGUAAUGCAUCUGGAGAAGAGUUUGAUUUGCCAAAUACCUGUAACGCUGGUUUCAUGCCACUUUUUAAUGUUAAAGAAACAGUUUUAAAAGAGAUAUUGCCAACUGGAUUUGAUGAACGAUUUAAACACUUCUCUUUUCAAUUUGCGAGAAAGGAGUUUUCCUAUCGCACUGUUGGUUCAUUGCACUGUCAAAGAAUAUAUGAUGAAAAGGUGAUUAUUGCAUCGGCUGUUGUAGAAUGUUGCAGUUACGUGUUUGCAAUUCCACAAGAUUUACAACUUGUUAUUAAAAUAGCAGAAGGUUCGAUCCAUGAAAACCAAACCUAUGACAAUAUACGUGUUAAUUUUCACAAGUCUCCUGGUCUAGAAACUGAAGUUUCACAACGACUAAUUAACCACAUUUUUCACUCACCUAAUGAGAUUUACAAAUUCGAACAUGUUUUCUUUGAAGACGGCAGCAAUGACUACGAAGUACCAGUUCCUGUAAGAAGAGCCACUAUAUCAAAACCUUUUAUUCAACCAAAACCGAACAGAAAAAAGAAACCCUCAUUCUCGAAACCGAGAAAUGAAAUCAUUAAGAAUGACGAGAAGAAAAGUAUUGAGGGCGAAGUGCCUGUAUUGGAGGCAAGAUAUUGCACACCACAAAAAAAAAUCGUUAAGUAUGACGAAAAGAAAUGUACCCAGAGUGAAGUGCCUGUACUGCAGGCAAUAUAUUGCACACCACAAAAAGAAAUCCUUAAAAAUGAUCAAAAGAAAAGUAUUCAGAGUGAAGCACCUGUAUUGGAAGCAAGAUAUUCCACACCACAAAAAGAAAUGGUUAAGAAUGACCAAAAGAAAGGUAUCCGGAGUAAAGCGCCUGUAUUGCAGGCAAGAUAUUGCACACCACCUCAACCACCUUAUAUCUCUUUACAAAAAGACACGCCACACACAGAUAAAACAAUGUCUAAAAAAGUGGAUAAAAUGAGUGUUCUUGAAAUUUGCGAUGUGUUACGUAGUUUAAAUCUUGGCAAGCACAUAGAGAACUUUAAGUCCAACCAAAUAGACGGAGCAUUGCUAUGUGAAUUGGAAACUAGCGAACUAAAAGAUGUUGGAUUGUCUGGUUUUGAAAUAAAAAAGAUUUUCAGAUACAGGGCUGGUUGGCGUCCAAAAACUGUUUAAAUUGGAUACACAUUUAUUUAUACAGACCUUUCCUGUAGUAAAAUCACAGCUUCUUAAAGUAAAUUCGAUGGUAAAAACGAUUGAGACGUGUCUUUAUCAAGGAAAAAAACGUAAUUAAAACUUGGUAGAUAAUGAUUUAAGUAUGUUUUGGUAAUUUUAUUAUUUUAAAUGACGAUUUUGAUCUCCAAGAAUGAAAGGUUUGACAAGCUAGUUUACUACACUUUUUUCUAAAUUCAGCUUUUAGAUCACACUGUUUGAUAAAAAAUAUGUGUACGUGCAUGUUACUUUUUUAAAACAUUUUUUUCUUGAUACAAUAUAUUGAUCAUAUGAAAUGUUUUGAAACAUGCUUAUAUCUAGUAACACCAAAGCGUUGUGCAUAGACAUAUUGUUCAAGCCAGAAUUCAUCCAUUGAGAAGCUGUUUACAUGAGACCAAAAUAAAAUUAUGGUAAACUAAAAUUUCAAACCAUAAUAUAAAGUUCCACAGUCUACAUAAUGUUUCACUCCGAGUUAAAUUUGAUUUCAACGGUGUGGCCCAUAAAAAGCCGCACUUUUUGUAACGUGAUUUUAUAAACAUGUGCAUUGAUUAAAAACCGCGUAUUUGACUCCACAGUGAUGUGUUUACAUGGAAAUCUUGCACUAUAUAUUCCUUGUAAAUUUUGCCAAAGUGGUAUGAAAUCCGAAGUGAGUUUUACAUCGCCUAAAAACAAUGUGGACCGAAGUGGCUAAAAACCUAUUUGAAUUUAUUUGGUUUGCCAUAUAAACGACCUCUAAUCGUUAUUUAACACACAUAAUCAUUACAAAGAAAGCUUUUCGGGUUUAAAAAAUCAAUAAUUACAGAUAAGAAGGAUCGCCGAGGUUCGUUCAUGCAUGAAAUUCUAAGAGCGUCACAUGUAAUUAAGAGUAUCUAUAGUCACACGGAAUGCAAUCACGGGAUUUCCCGGCCAUAAUAUAUUUAUAAAAACCCUGAGCAGAAAGAGUAAAACAAUUUGACUGUGUUUGUGCGUUUUGUCCAUAUCAAGGGAGAUUUCCUUGCAAAACUGUUCGGUGCAACAUUGUAAAAUUUACAAGAUUGCUUUUCAUUUUCCACUAAUCUUAUAAGCUCAAGUUUGAACCCAACAGUGUAGUUAGACUCUAGAAGCUAUUUUUUAUAUUUUAAUUUAUAAGUUCUGCCUAUUAGUUAUUAUAAAAUGGUUUCGUUUUGUGAUAUAAUUUAACGUUAUUAAAAAUUACUUAAAGCUAUUAAGGAAAUUCACAUUUUAAUUGAUCAGCUUUUAAACUCAGUAAUGUCUGGUUUGUUUUGACAUAUUAUUCCGCUGUCUGUAAAUCACAAGGAGAAUAUAACCGAAACAUUUUUGUAGUUAUAUAUACAACAGAAUCCACCUGUGGCUUA